UGAAUCAGAAUUUCUGAUUAAUAAAUGUUUUCUGUUUCCUAGUUUCGGAUUGAUGUUAUUGAGUGCCUUUCAAUUUAAAUGAUUAUUUAAUUAUGUCAAAUUCUAGUGGAUCAUCUAAUUGUUUGCAAUGUGUUGAAUUGAGAGGAAAAUUAGUUAAACUUGAAGAGACUUUGGCCUUCGUUGAGGGUAAAACUCGGGACUGUGUUAGAGCUUAUAAAACGGUUCUUAACGAGAAGAAUUUAAUUGUUCAGAAUUUUGAGCAAUCGAAAGAACUUUUCGCAAAAAGAGUCGAAGAAGAGGAAAAAAGACUCGCGACCCUUGAAGAUAGUCUCAGUGAAUUAAGUUCGAUCUGUGGUAAAUACGAAGCUGAAAAUAUUAGAAAACAAAAUCUGAUCGAUAAUCUUAAUCAACGAUGCGAUGAAUUGAGUCAACAGUUGGCUGUGAAUAAAUCAACAAUCAUUAGUGAUGAUGAAAGCUCUUCAUGUGAUCAAUUUGGAUUAGAUUUAAAUUAUCAUCAAAGAGAUAAAGUGAUUCCCAAGCUAAUCAACAAGUUUACCCAAACAAUUAGUGAGAUAAAAGAGGAUAAAGAUGAAGAAUUGCAAAUACAAUCAGCUAAUUGCGACGCAGAGACACAAACAAGUCCAGAACUUGUGAACAUCAAUAGUCAGAGUGGUAAUAAUAAACAACGGAAGACAGAAUGUGCAAUAGUCUUACCCACUCAUCGAGAAGUCGAAGUGGAAAAAUCAACAACAAACGUUGACAGUAAUCGAGGUUCUCAUGGUUCCAGGGGAAGUGAAUCGGAAACUGUUUUCACGGACACUGAAUUCGCUCUGAAUGAUUCGGAAUCUCAGCCUUUCGAGAGUGUGCGGCCUUCACUCAAUUCUAUGGUUAAUCAAGAAAUUCCAAGUAACUCAGUUUCUCUAUUCUAUGUGAAUGAACUCGCUCGUAAAGAGAUUGAACUUGUCGAGACUCGACUAACGGCUCGAGAAAACGAAUGUGCUUUACGAGAGCUUCGUUGGAAAUAUAAUGUUGAUACUUUCAAAUUACAAAGUAAAUUGACUCGAUUGGAACAACAACUUGAGCAAAUUCAAAGCGACGAUACAACUAAACCCAAUUUAACUUAUAUUCGUAAUGUUCUGGUUCGAUUUUUGAAAACAAAAGACAAAAAGCAAAAAACUUGCAUGAUGAAUGCUCUACUUACUGUUCUGGGUGUUGAUCAGAAGGAGGUCAAGAUGUGAUUAGUUUGUGAGAAUUGUAUAAAUUUAAUUAACCAAUUGGUAUCAGUAAAUCAAUCGUUGUUGUUUUAUUAAUGUA